GCUGGAUCUUUGAUGGCCACCAAGCACUCACAGACCCAAUCUACGCUUGAAAAAAGUCUAACUUCAACUAGUACCAAUACUCCCUAUUUUAAAGCAGCAGAGCCCACCGAAAUGCCGCCUUAUGUGACUAAAUGCCCCAGCAAUGGGCUUUGCAGUAGAUUGCCCCCUGACUGCAUGACCUGUAACACAAACUUUUCCUGUAUAUAUGGGAAACCAGCCACUUUUGACUGCAAAAUAAAGCCAUAUGUUCAUUGUGUUGAUCAGAAUAGCAUCGAGCAGGAGAACUUCACAAUUAACAUGACGUGCCAGUUUUGCUGGCAGCUUCCGACCACUGAUUAUGUCUGCACCAACUCCACAAGCUGCAUGACAGUUUCUUGCCCACGACAACGCUAUAAUGCCACUUGUACUGUCCGGGAUCAUAUUCACUGUCUAGGUAAUCGUGUCUUUCCUAAGAUGCUCUACUGCAACUGGACCGGAGGCUAUAAGUGGUCUACAGCCUUGGCGCUAAGCAUUACCCUUGGCGGAUUUGGAGCCGAUCGUUUCUAUUUGGGCCAGUGGCGGGAAGGUCUGGGAAAACUCUUCAGCUUUGGUGGACUUGGAAUAUGGACACUCAUUGAUGUGCUGCUCAUUGCUGUUGGCUAUGUGGGACCUGCAGACGGCUCUCUUUAUAUUUAACUGUAGAGGCAAUAUGUUUCAGAGAGGGGUAAUUGUUUGGAAAGGGACAUAAAUAAAAGAAUGUAGAAAUGGAACCUUUGAGGUAGAAUGAAGAACGACCAUUCUUUUUAUGUACAUACAUUUUAAUGUACAGUAUCUGUACUUAGCUUGCCUUUAACUAAGGUAAAAUAAAGGAGUUGAUCACUGA